CUUCAUUUUUAUAUUUUUAUGAUAAUAAUCCAUUUAUAGUGGACGUUCCUACUUCUGUCACGCUGGUCCAAGGUAAAAGGUCUUUAUAUCAUCGCACGAUACGUGCCUUUUAUCCUCUUUGCCGGGCAUUUAUAUAUGAACUUCAUUCCAAAGGAGAACUCCGAUAAAUGCCAGUUGUUGAACAAUAUUUGCUCAUGUUUCAGCAUGAUAUCAGUCUCUUGUUCUGAAUGCUUUUUUGUCCUUAGAACAUGUGCGCUCUGGAAUAACAACAGAAUUGUAGUCGUUACCGCGGUCGUUACCUUCCUUGCUGUCGUCGUAUCGUCCAUAGGCUUUGCCUUCGGCACUACUGCCACUGCACCGUGGACGACCAGCGCGAUCCCGGGCAUCACAGGUUGCUACCAGACCUCGGCCGUUGUCCAGCUCUUCAUACCGUUUCUUCUCUUGAUUGGACUUGAAUUUGGUCUCAUGUCCCUUACGCUUAUACGCGCUAUACAGAGCUGGCGGUCGACCAACAGCCGUAUCUACACUGUACUGGUGAAGCAUAACAUAUUCUACUAUGCAUGCGGUCUGUUUUUUUCGGGGGUGAAUGUCCUCACGUUGCUGCUCUUUCACUACGGAUACCAAGCCAUGUUCCAAGAUUUCCAAUUCAUCGUCCUUGCGAUCCUCGCCACGCGCAUGCACCUCCAUCUAUGGCAUACAGACCGGCAUGCACAUGGCUCUAGUGCCCUCGUGUUUAUUCCUCUGUCUGACAUUUCAUCCGCGGGCAGUCCGACGUGACGUUUGCGUCGUUCAAACGUUUAUGGAGUGCUGUUUGAACUGUACGAGCUUAGCCGAGCCGAACUUCGUCAGAUCUGGACCCGUGCGCUUAAAAACAAUGCCGUUUCUGUUGUGGAUAUCGAGCUUCAACUGCUAGCAGUGGUAGAUGAAUAUAUCAAUAUCAGGAUUUUGGGUGUGCUGGAGUCAGAAUU